ACGGCACGCCCGGGCGCCUCGUAUGCUGCUGCUCGUUGUGAGUAGCAGCAUAGCAGAUCAAAUUUACGGCGCUUUGAAGCUUGUACUAUUUAUUCCAUGUUUCAGAGUUCUAGGACCUUCGUUUAACGCGAAAAAAUGAACGGUUGGAAAUACCCUGUCAGUACCCCUUCAAUUACCAGCUCCGAUGUGACUUCAGCAGUGCACGGGCGCCUUUCCGAACCGCCUUCGUUGGAAUGCGACCGAAAAACCGAACCCACGGCCCCCUGCUCGUCAGCAGAACGCCAGAGCCGCUCAGUUACCUCUGUGGGUGCUUAGCCAUUGCGCCGCUUUCACCUGCGACGGUGAAGAUACGCAAAGAAUGUGACAGCACUGCAUGUUUUUCCCGACAUCCAGAUGGUUCGUUAUCCUGACGUCAUUUGUUGCCGACACGGAGGCUGCGGAAGCACAGUGCGCACAAAGGAGCGGAACGGGAGCCUUUGUUGCGCCUGAGCGCAUUCUUGCCCGUGUACGCGGUGUGGACCGCAAGUGAGCCUCAUAAAUGCUCGCGCUGCUCUCUAAAAAGAGGCAGGCGUGUGCGGAGAUCUUGUUCGCCGUACGUUGUCACCAGGGAUUGGUGGUGUUUACGAACACCAUGUGUUUCGCAUUUAGUGAAAGGCGCGUCUGCACCCCAAACCGUGUAUAUAGCGGCCUCUCGGCGUUAUAUACCAUAUGUGGACGCCCAAGGCAGGUACAGAUAGCAGGCCGCGGUGCGUUCGGCACCUCAGACGGACGCGGCGUGCUUGUCGCCGUUUCACUCGUCCCGCCUUCCUUACACCAGCAGUUUUGCACCCGAUCCUGUGAGCGCACGGCACCGGACAAAGUAAACGGCCAAGGUGGCGGCGAUAGCGCAAUCGGACGGGGGGCAACAACCUCGGAAAACUGGCGACGGCAGCGUGGGUGGUGGGCCGCCGCUUUUUUUCCCCACCAUAUGUGGGAGAAGCGGGAUACCUUCCUUUCUUUCUUUUUCGCUUCUUCAGACGCGCUGUCGUUGCUUGUGUAGGUAGGUGCGCUGCUUUGACACAGCCGACCGACAUCUGGUCGAGCGGCCCAAGGCGGACCCGUGUGGGAAGAAACAAUGGACAGGAAAUAGUGUACGCCGGCUCCGGGCCACGGAAGGAUUGCGGGCUUUCGGUGUGGGUGGUGUGCUAUCCAAACGAAUUCGGGCAGGCGACAAGCGAAACUGCACUUUCGUUUCUUUACAUCAGCACUGACGUCCCCGCGGUUUCUUUAAAUUGAUCCUUUGUCGCUGCCAUAGCUGGGGGUGCGGUAAAGAACGUCACCGGCUGCAGAAAAGUUGAUUCUUCGUUUGUUUUCUCAUGUAGCGGACGACCUUGCGUUUCUCCGCCCGCUCAUUGGUUGUCCGUCUGCGUCGCAGACGGCGAAAAACUGGGAGGAAGGGAAAGGGUGAAGCGAGGGCGUUUCGUCUGAGCGCCUGCGCGCAAGGCAGCGCGGUUGCCCCUCUACCCACUUCUUCCUCUUUUCUUUUUAUAUCUUCCCAUUGGUCGGUUCGCCCAGCGGUUCAAGAAGCUGCCGCGGUUGCGCGUGCCAUGUUUUGCAAAACGUGCUCUCUUCAGAGUCCGUCUGCUGCAACCGAGGCGUUGGAAGCUACACGAAGUUUUGGGGAGUUCCCCCUCCUACUCUCUCCUGUUUCCGUUCUUUCUUUUGUUGUUUCUGUUCCUCGCGCCACGCUACUUACGCUGGCGUCGGCGCGAAAAGCAAGAGUGCGCAUGGGGGGAGAAAAUCGCCGCCAUCGUCGGUGCCGGAGGCACGUUCGUCCAAUGAGCCCGCCUCUCUCCGCCUGUCUCCGGUCGCUUCCCGUAGACUUUAUAAUUAGAGCCAGCAGCACCAACUCCUCGCGCAACACCAGCGCUGCGCGCGUUGAGAAGAAAGUAAACAAGAGCUUGCCGCCCUCCGGCCAAAGCUAGCUGUUGCUCUUCGCACCAUCCUAGCUCGUGGCAGCUCGUACGCCGUUGAAGCGACGUGAACCGCUUCCCUGCCGCACGCCCUCCCCCGCCGUCCUUUGCAUAGCGGGACAAAGUUCAGAGUUCCUCGCGUUGUUGUUAUUGUUGCUGCACACGGCGGCCCCUCCCUGCUGCAGACGCUCCUCCUCGGUGCUUAAGACAGAGCGAAAGAAAAAAAAUGUAUUAGUAAAGAAGGAAAAGGAAAGGCGCCCAAAAAGAGCCAAGCCACCGAUGCUGAGUGCAGAGCUUCAGUCAGAAACCGAUCUCGAGGUCGCACGCACGCACACGUGAAAAUUGAGCUAGCCUCCAAGACACUGCUCUCCCAGUUAUCAUAGAAGAAACGGGGUCCACUUCCAUGUUCGCCGACGCCGAAGUUUCGGCUCUGGACGUGCCCACGGCGUACCCGCGGCAUUAUCAGUCGUCCGGUGCCCCGACUGCUGCAUCGACUGCCUACGAGCGCUGCUACGGGUCGACGGCUGUUCUGAUGCGUCGCCCGUCGUAUCCAGAAGUCGCCUCGGCCGCCUUCUACCCGCUGGACGAUGUGCCGCUGCCUUGCUCCACGCUGGCGGAUCAUCGUCGCCACACCCCUUCGUACGCAGUAUAUGACCGCAGUUACGUCGACGCCCCGCCUUCUUCGUACCUGUACAGCGCUGCCGCUGCGGCGUACGACUGCGUAUACGGUGACUGCCCAGAUUGCGUGGAGGCCGGCUACUCGCCUGCGCCUGGCGGUAGCCGGUCGCCCGCCGGAGCGGACGACGAAGACGCCAGGGCCUCGGCUGCCGCCUGCCCCUCGCAGACGACGUCCGCCAUGUCGCGGCGUGCUACCAGCGUCGCUCGCAAGAGGAGCCUCUCCCAGGCCGAACUGGAACGGCGCAGGUCCUUGGCGAACCACCAGGAACGGCGUCGCAUGCACCGGCUCAACUCGGCGCUGGAUCGAUUGCGUAGCACGAUACCGCCGCGCCUGCAGAACGGCAGUCGGCGCCUGUCCAAGAUCAAGACUCUCAAGAUGGCCAUCAACUACAUCGUCGAGCUGCAGACCGUGCUGAGCCCAUCGACUGUCUCUGCAGCUGGCGGCAGUGUCGUCGGUUGUACGCCUGUCUCCCGUUCCUGGAACUGAACGAUGCCCGCAUUUUCUUUGUACACUGCUAUGUACCGACUGUCGUGCAUGCGAGUCAACUACGUGGAACGAGCGGUGAGAUUACCGUUGACACUACGUCGAGCUGUGCUCGCAUUUAGCAAUUGUGAUGAUAGUAUACGCAUCUGGCAUGGGGGAUUACUGUGAGUUACGCGCGCAUGUGAAUCUAGCUGUGAGAUGCGGUGCCUGCUUCGAUCUCCGGGUGACAGGGUUGUUUAUACAACACGAUCUUACGAGUGAUGCUGUUCAGCGACUGCCUUGCGUACAUUUCUUUUUUCAUAUGGUGCUGACCUUCAGCGCUGCUGAUAUUGUGAUAGUAGGUUCGUUAACGAAGAAGCUUUGUUAAUGGAACGGUGUUUUGGUAGCCUCGUAUGACGUCUUUGUUGAUGGCCACAAGCAGGCACUGCCAGUAUCAUAUCGUUAAUCUAUGUUAGGUUGCGCGCUCUGGAAACUUUGACGACAUCUAUCCAUGUGAUGUGGUCCAGUAUAGCGGCACAGACGCGCUGCAGCUGAUACUCGGUUGUGUAAAACAGCUCGCAAGCCAGACUGACAGGCUGUGCCUGUUGCCAGCGCAUGCUAUCCUUACCGAGGGUCGCCGAAAUGGAUGUCUUCGCAAUAGUUUAAUCGCUAUAACUGAUCGGCAUCUUUGACAGCGUCUGUGCUAACUGCAGUCGCUGUAAUUCUGGCUAGUUCAUGUAAACUUAUUGAAAGAGUAUUGCAAACGUGCGAUGUAUAACAUUUCAAUGCUUCGCCCGAAUAUUGCAAUGUAUCGCUUAAAUUUUUCGCAAGCGUGUUGAAUGUUUGCUGCAGUUCGCGGGAAUUAACGCUUACCCUAUUGCAAUGAAACCGCUGCGCGUGGCAAGCCAUACACGUUGUCGGCGAAAAGUUCCGCUGUUGUACAAGCGCGCAUGAAAGUUAAAUUAUUUUAUUACAUCAAAAGUAAUCGAAGAGUUAAUACGCGUCACAUGCAUCAUUUGAUUGGUAUCGGUACCAUUCGUUCGCACGUUCUCAUUUUUUCGGUUCAUCUCGUGCGCACAUUACAUUCGCAAUCUGUUCGCCGCUUGUUUCGUAUAUUUCGCACAGCUUCGCAGAUGAUAGGUUCGUCUCUUCUCGUUUUCUUAUUGUUUUUAAGAUUUAAGAUUACUUUUGUACAUAUUUGUUACGCCAUACGACUGUGCAGUUUCCGUUCAUGUAUAUGUGUGCGGCACGAGCUUAGCAUGUGAUGUUCUAUCAACUGGGGUGUAAUUCAGUGUGUACAUUUGUCAUGAAUGUGGCCAUUUCAUUCUCUAUAUCUAUUUAAUCGCCCAAUUUUCGUGCAAUCUUGGCGCAUGGACCGUGGCAGUGAAAAUGUUGCUCUGAAUUGUUUGCUUUUUUUUUGUGAAGCAAUAAAAGCUCGCAUAUCGGCAG